AUGGCUGUCGCCUUCACUGCGACCGUGGGCUUUCUCGCGGAUAGAGCUUGCUAUACCGCGGCGAUCGGGUCGCGUUUGUCGAUCGAGUCACGCAUCCUCCGCCAGUCUUCCACGGCAUUCUUUGCGUCGGGAAACCAUGGCAUAUUCAAGCAAAUCAGUGGCCAAGGGCAGCGCCUGAGUGGUGGAAGUGACACGUCAGUUCCGCGUCCUGUGCAUUGCCAUGCUUCUGCUGGUGGGGAGAAAAUGGCUUCGCAGUCGCGGCGAGUGCAGGUGGAUGCAACGAGGGUGCUGGCGGAGCUGCUUCAGGCCAAGGAGCUGGAGGCCACUGUACGGGAGCGCGUGGACGAUCUGUCGGAGGAGUUUUUCAUGGUUGCAUCCGCCUACGUGGACAUGGCUCGUAAGGAAGGCAACCCUGAGGUGGUGCAGCAGUUGGAGACAGUGCUGAAAGUGGCCAUGGUGGAGAAAGAAAAGACACUCAGACCAGAAAUCCGCAUGCUGAACCAGCUUCUGCGUGAUAAGACGCCUGCAGACCGUGCUAAAACUCUAGUGGCAUAUGAGGAGUACCUCGUUGCAGGGAGCUACUUCUUCCACCUGCUCAACCGCAUGCUGGUAGAUGUGGAGUCACAGAAGCCUCCUCAAACCAAGCUGCUUUCACAAUUGCGCACAAUCAACCGAGAGGUGAAGGAGGCAGCCAAGGGGACAAAGAAGGGUCGCAAAGAUAGCAAAUCAAGCAGUGAAGAACAAUAA